UAAGCUUAAAGCACGCGCAGCAUUAAGCUAGGUUAAGCGCGCGGCACAACUAACGGGUCUAGUUUGCUAGAUGGCGCAGGCGGCAGCGGCGGCGAACGGCGAUGUGCUGUCGGAGGAGGAGAUGCGGUGGCUGCGCCGGGUGCGGGACACCCUGGAGGAGCGGUCGGCUGAGGAGCUCGGCGCGGCGGCCAAGGUGUUCGACGUCCCGCGCGCCCUGCGCGACACCAAGCCCGAGGCCUACGCGCCGCAGCACUUCGCCCUCGGCCCCUACCACCACCAGCGCCGCCCCGAGCUCAGGGACAUGGAACGCUACAAGCUCGCCGCCGCCAAGCGCGCGGAGCGGCACUUCGCCGGCGGCCGCACGAUCGAGCACCUCGUGGAGCGCCUACGUGAUCUCCAGGACGAGAUGCAGGCGCCGUACCACCGGAUACUGGAGCUCAACCGUGAGACGCUGGCUUGGAUGAUGGCCAUCGACACGUGCUUCCUGCUCGACUUCCUCGAGGGCUACCACCGCGACGAGACCACGGACAUGGUGUCCUCGGCGGCCAACUGGAUCAACGCCACGGUGCGCGACGCCAUGAUGAUCGAGAACCAGCUCCCGCUCUGCCUCUUCACCGAGGCACUCGAGCUCCGGCGCCAUGCCGCCGAGCAGCAUGUCACCACCGCCCGUGCCAUGAUGUGCACCGUCCUCGACCGGUUUAUCAAGCACGUGUCACCCAUCAAGAUGCGUGCAGACGUCACCAUCGCUGAGGAAGUCCACCUGCUGGAGCUCCUCUACCACUUCCUCGUCCCGCCCGGCGCCGUCUUCGACGAGAACACCGGCGGCGGCGGCGGCAAGAAUCCGACGGCCCAUCAGGACGACCAGGCCCAGGACCGCUCCCUCUACGAUGUAGAGGAGCAGCUGCUCGACGCGGCGCCAGAGCUUGCAGGUGUCCAGCCGCCUCAAGGUGACGAGAACACGGUGAAGAAAGCCUGCUCGCAGGUGUCGUCUCACCUCAACAUGGGGAGCCUGCUUGUCUCCUGGCCGAUGAGGUCCGUGUCGAAGCUCUACGGGAAGAUGACGCGCCGGCUGCCGGCGCUCCCGGGGGUGGUGUCGGUGGUGAGGAAGCUGGUGGCGUCCGUGGACGUGGAGGGAAUUCUCAGCGGCAUGAACACGGAGGGCGUCGCCGGCAGCGCGCCGCUGGCGAAGGAGAUCAAGAUCCCGUCGGUGGAGCAGCUGGCCAAGUGCGGCGUCCGGUUCCUGCCGACGACAGAGGGCAUCCACGGCAUCGCCUUCAAUGCGGCGGCGGCCACGCUGUGGCUCCCCGUGAUCACGCUGGACGCCACCACUGAGGUGGUCCUGCGCAACCUCGUGGCGUACGAGGCCGUCGCCGUGCGCGGGCCGCUGGUGCUCGCGCGCUACACGGAGAUGAUGAACGGCAUCAUCGACACCACCAGGGACGUCAAGAUCCUCCGCCGGAGCGGCGUGCUGGUGAACCGCAUGAAGAGCAACCGCGAGGUGGCGGACAUGUGGAACGGGAUGUGCCGCGCGGCGCGGGUGAGCAAGGUGUCGCGGCUCGACGGCGUCAUACGGGCAGUGAACGCGCACCGGGACCGGACGCCGGCGGUGCGAGUGCAGAAGAUGCUCAAGAGGUACGUGUUCGGGUCGUGGAAGAUCCUGACGCUGCUCGCCUCCGUCGUGCUGCUCGUCAUGACGGGGCUCGAGGCCUUCUGCUCCGCCUACCCCUGCCAUAACUCCUGGUUUGGCAACGUGCUGCAGCUCGACAGCCCUGCGCCCUGACGAGCGCUACUAGCUGCUGCUCAAUUGAGCACCAGAUGACAACUCAAAAUGCCUUACAUAUACAUCUGCAGCCACCUAAAAUUACCAAUAAUUAUUAUUUAAGCCUAAUAAGAAAGCCCCGAGACUGCAAUAAUACUGUUGUAACACAUGUAGAAAACCUACUUCUACAUCUGUUGGUGAAUGAAUGACAUACUAUAUAGAAUACUUGUAGUCAAAGUUCUAAGUUGAUUUGUAAUGAAAAUAUUUUCAUAAUAGGUAAUUUCGUACAAUUAUUAUAACUUUCAUAUAGGUAUAGUGCUGGUCAAAGUUGAACAUAUACCCGCCAAAAAAAGUUGAACAUAUGAUACAGAUGGGAUCAGUUGGAUGUGCGUAAUAAUGCCAUUCUUUAUGAAUGGUGGUAUGAAGAAAUACACAUGUGAUCAAUCUGAUUUUUAAUCAAAUAAAUGAUUGGAAUUGAAAAGUGUAACAAAUAUGGCCCAUUAGGCUAUAGAUUGUGGUUUUGGUGAGUGAGUGAGUGAUAAUAUAGCUUGUAGGUUUUGUAAGUCCCAAGAAUAAUAUAAAUGUGUUCGUCUAUGACGUUUUUCUCGU